GCAGGUGACAAUGAGCUCUGUCACUGGUUUUGUGCCAGGACCUCAGAUAACUGCAGAGGCUUCAAGGAGGCAGGUCACCUGCCCCAUGCUCCUCUCCAAAUACCUCACUGCAGGGGGCAACCUCAAGAGAAGGAAUGGAAAGUUGGUGGAAGACUUAAUCGCAGCGAGGGUUUAUUUUUCCCACAGGUUAUUUCCAUCGAAAUGGCUUGAGCGAUUCUGAACUUGCUUCAGGUUCAAGUAAGCAAGAUGAACAGUUGAAGAAAAUAAUGAAUGACAUCCUACAGCAGAUGUCCCCUGAAGAGAUGGAUGUCAUAGCUUCUGAGAAAGCAAGUACAACAGUGGGGACAGUGACAAAGGAAGAUCUGCAUGAAAAAACCACUGUGUCCUGGAAUUCUGAAGAAUCAGACUACCUUCUUGACAGGAUGGACCGACUCCUGGAUGAUGACCUACAGAGUCCGAAACACAAUGACGAGCCCAGCACUGUGUUUCCGAUGAGCCUUUCCCGUGCUUUUGACGCCCCUGAUGCUGUAGGGAGAGUGGUCUCAACCAUGGGAAGGGGAGUUGCAAUUAAGGCUGAGGAAGAAGCAGGAAGUGGAAGUCAAAUUGCAAUUAAGGCUAAGGAAGAAGCAGAAAGUGGCCACAUUUUAAAGGAGAAGAGGCAUAGAAAAUCUUCCCUAAUCAAAAAGAAUAUAUCUGCAGGGACAUUUCGACAAACUGCCAGUGCAGACCUGCCGUGUGGGCAGCUCCUGCACUUCCUGCAGAGGAACAUCAUCAUCGUGGCCGGCAUCCUGGCUGCAAUCUUCGGGCUCAUGGCGCUGCUGGUGUUCGUGCUGACUUCGUCCAUGAGGAGGAGGCAGCCACCGCAACCUCCAGCGAACAUGACUUACAACAUUUUUAUAUUGGAUGAAAAGAGUUGGUGGCAAAAGCCUCAGGAAAGUCUCAGAAAACUUGUAGAAAACCACAAACAGUUGAAGUGCCGCUCCAGUGUGUAAGACAGCGCAAGGAGCUACCCAACCCAGGCUCUGAGGCAGCAACAAGAGGAAAUCCUCCCCGACACCUUGGAGAGGCUGACGGGUCUCUGGCUGGGAGAGGUUUUCAUCUUCUCUCCCCAUCUUGAAUGGACCAAGAAAGCGCUUUACCAUCCAUGUCUGUGGUGACAUGGCACUGAUGAGCGUGCAAGAGACUUAGGGGCAGUUCCCUAAGACAAACCCGACCGGGGAUGAUGGUCUUACUCAUUUAGUAAAGCACUGAUUGAUUGAUUUAGUCCUG